AUGCAACUUGAUCUCGCAGCGCGGUCCAUCGACUUGGUAUCCACGAUUGCGAAGAUAUCAUCUCCUGGCGCAGUCGAGAAGGUAUCAGCGCGGACCAGCUGGCGUUUGCACUGGAGCUUGCAAAGAAUGGUUUCUUUCCCGAACGACAAUGGAUCUCGAAUGCUCGACGACACCCUUACGAUGAAGGCGAACAAUAUGUAUAGCCUCCAAGUCGUGGUACCUCUAUCCAUCGGCCGAUCUCUCCUGGCGGACGAUACACUCUGCUGGCUGGCUACCACUCAUGCCGUUCUCUUCCGAUACCACGACCUCGAUGCUUCAACAGAAAUUCUUUGCCACCUCAUUCUUGCGGCUGCACUCUUCCAUCUCACUUCGGCCAGCCAGCUCAUCUUGCAGGACUGCUUGCUGGUCACUACCCAACGCUGCAUGACUGAUGCUUUGGACUGGAUCUACAACCACUGGCAAGGAGAACUUGUCGUCACAUCUUUGGCUGGCGGCAAGAAUCGGCUUGUCUUCCUGGUCUCUAAGCGCUGCGAGUCUGGCGAGGAUUGUACGAGCCGUGAUCAUUACGGCCCCUCGCUUGCAACGCCCAAGGCAGAACCUCCAUUUUCCGAAGGCUCGAGCGGAUUCUUGCGCGAGCAACAGCGUGAGGGAUACCGCACCGCUCUCUACGAUCUUCCUUUCAAGUUUUCGAAGAUGAAGAAUGCUCAAGAGAUCGUUCGCUCUAUCAUGGCUACAAAGGUAGAGCCCAGUAUGGAAGAAUCCGAGGUGGUACUCAAUUGCAGGGACGCGUCUCUUAAUCAAGAGCUCAUGUGGUGGAUGGCUCGCAGUCCCGGUAUUUUGCAAGCAAACUAUGGUGAGCCAGCUUUCCCCCCUGGACCUCGUCCCCUUUUCGAAUCCAGAGAUGAUGAUGAUGAUGCUCUUGACGUAGGUAUGCGAAUUCCUACACCAUCUUCAGACGUUUCCGACACAGUCGCGGAUCUAUCAGGUCUGCAGCUUGGUCCUAACUGGCUCAAUGCAGAUAGCCGUGAAGCUCUGAGAAGGACUGCAAACAUGCCAUGUUCUGAUUAUGGCUAUUCAGAGUUGCAAAAAGACUACCAUGAGCUUCUUGAUCACUGUGGAUGCAGGCAAGGACGGCGCCCAAGAGCGCAGACCGAGCCAUCGAAUUGGAGAGACCGUGCCAUUGAGCGCGAUAACGAUGCCUGCUACAACAUGCGGAACAACGGCUGUGUGCGUGCUCUUGCGGUCUUCCCGACUAUACUGCUCGUCGGGCACGCACUGAUCGACGCACCUUCCUGGCAACUGAAAGAGAUUGUUUCCAAAGCUGAUGUUCAGUCUGAUAUGCUCGAAAUGGAAGCCUUCACAUCAAUUAUCGCAAGCAAUGGGAUUCUUCACCGCACGAUGACGCUAGUCUCCACUCCACCGUCACUACUUCGGAUCGUGGAUUCUUCCGACAUGUACAAGGGAUACAUGCUGGCAAUGCGGCCGCGAUGUAAUCAUCCAAGAGGCCAGCUUCCGGCAAGAGUCUCCUUGCGGAACAGUGACGAGGUGCUUCGGCAGUGGAGUAGCGAUUGUCUCUGCUCCCUGGAGAGAGAUGCCGCAGACCUGUAUCUUCCUGGUCCAAGUGUGUUGAAGCUGAAUAUCGCCGUGGCCCUAUCUGUCCGCUGCAUGAAUCCGGCUGUAUUCUGCUCUGCACACGAUAGACGCAAGAGUAUGGUGUGCGAUGCAUAUCUGAAGCAGAGACUGGUGAGCUACACUUACCUGGCUGAAAAAUAUAUAUCAUCAUGCCGCGAGAUUUCAGAUUCAUGCGUCGCCCACACGCACAUGGACAUCUUGAGUCCAGAUCCUCAACUUCGCAUGGCGAGCGCCAGUGGCAUAAUCGCAUCCAGACUGGGUGCUUUGAACCACCCCAUGUCGCCAAACACAAUGCGCGAGAUCUCGAGCAUGCGUCUGGAAUGCUCCGGUUGCCACCAAGCUACCCAUGCUCUUGAUGCAUUCAUUUUGCUGGAGUGCGCAGGAAGUAAAGCAAGCGAAAGAGUCGAAGCAGAAUGUAAGGGCAGAGAUGAACUGAAGAAAAAGUGGCGGAUAAGGAGUCGACGAAGGAUGACCGUACACCGAAUGCCUGCCUAUAUUCGUCUGCUGGGCUUGUGUACGCAAGGAUGGCUGGGACAAUGGGAAGCCGUGAAGACGAGAGCGGGAUGUGAAAGAGGUGUAUUUCUUAGCUCCCCUCGGAAGGGAUUCCAACCGGAGAAGAGAAAGUGA